CACAUGCUUUAUGAAACCGAAGAAGAAUUUCUCCGGAAGUUUCUUUUGUGGUUAUUUGUUGUGCGCGUGCUGUUUGUAAAUUUCUAACUGAGUAAUUUGGCAUCGAUGGGUCGCAGAAAGUCGAAGCGAAAGCCUCCUCCCAAGAAGAAAAUGACUGGAAACCUGGACACACAGUUUACAUGCCCGUUCUGUAACCACGAGAAAUCCUGUGAUGUUAAAAUGGAACGAAGUCGAAACACAGGAAUAAUAUCUUGUACUGUGUGCUUGGAGGAGUUCCAAACUCCCAUUACCUAUCUCUCAGAACCUGUGGACGUCUACAGUGAUUGGAUCGAUGCUUGCGAGGCAGCCAAUCAGUAGCUCAUCUCAUAGGAUCAGAGGUCCCAGGAGACUACAAAGUUGCAUUUUUCUAUCAUGAAAUGUAUCCUGUAACAUCCAGUUUGUAUCCUGAUAGAAAGAACUCCUUCUCAGUCAUGUGUAAUCACUGUAUGUUCCCCUUUGUUAGUAUUCCACCAUGUGAAGAAACAAAGGAAACUGGGUGAAUUGGAGAGUUAGUCCAUUUGAUGAUGCUGGUUUAGACCCAAGUUUGUUUUGAGAAUUUGUGAACUACUAGUUUAGGUUUUUAUAUGUAUAAUGAUUGGUCAAGUACAUGUCAAUAAAAUGUGUGCAUCUUCCUUGUUAGGAAGUCUGUGAUGAAA